AAACUUCCUAUCUGAUUGUAGGUGAUAAGAUUUUCCGGUGAUGACUUAGUUUCAUCGUAUAUAUUGAAGUAAGGGAGGAUUUUACUCAGUUCGUAAUUUCGUAUCGACUCUUUCGAUUUGUUUACUGAAAGCUUUUUAAAAUUCUAUCGUAAAUAUGUGGAAGGCAUUGAUCACGUUGUCAUGCCUGGUGGCGCUCGCGCAUGGCCACGGCCGGCUCAUGGACCCACCCAACAGAGGCUCCAUCUGGAGGUUCGGGUACAACUCACCCGCUAACUACGAUGAUGAUGGACUCAACUGCGGCGGAUUCUAUCAUCAGUGGUCCGUUAAUGGGGGAAAAUGCGGUGUGUGCGGUGAUCCCUACGACAGCCCUCAACCCCGCGCUCACGAGCUCGGCGGGACAUAUGGCAAGGGGUACAUAGUCGCCACCUACGCCCCCGGUGACGUCAUCACCACCAACGUCUACAUCAGCGCCUACCACAUGGGCUUCUGGGAGUUCAGGAUAUGCCUCGACCCCUACGACAACACCCAAGAGUGCUUCGACCAAAUCCUCUUAGAGUUAGAAGACGGGGGCACUAAGUACUACCCCAAAGAGGGCAGUGGGACCUACGAAGUUAACUACCGUAUACCUUCCAACAUUGUCUGUGAACACUGUGUCCUGCAAUGGAAGUAUACAGCUGGUAACAAUUGGGGAGUUUGCGAGAACGGCACACAAGGUCUUGGAUGUGGCAACCAAGAGAACUUCUUUUCUUGCUCAGACAUAGCCAUCGAAGGAGAUGCUUCCUACAAUACAGAGGCUCCUAAAGAGGUUUAUACUCCAGUUGAAAGCCCAGGACUUGAGCUGACAGGAGGUGAGGAAAAGUUAUUUAGGAAGUAAGAUAAAACUUUUCUGUAAAUGCUACUUUUGAAAAAAAAGCAUUUCUAGAAAGGUUUUCGGUGAGAUCUCUAACAACAUUUGUGCCAAAAAUACUAACAAUACGAUGCCAUAAAGAUUAACCUCAACACUAACAACUUCUAGCGAUAAACUAUUUAUGUUUGUAAAUAAAUAAACAAUCCUUUUGUACAUAACCUUUCCUUUAUUUAAUUGAGUCAUAGGUAAAUUAUUUCCAAAAUGAAGAAAAUAAUGUUGACAUCUAAAAAAACAUCUGUUAUCAAUAAAAUAUAGCAUUUGAAAUUUGA